UAGCUACAGACAAAUUAUAUUUGGGGAGAAAAGAGGAAGCCAAUGAGCUAACGAUCCGUUCGAGGCUUUAUUUCGCAUAAAACACCUCGAUCCUAUCGAUUCCCUUCCCCCUCUUUAAAUUCGUGACCAACUACUCACUUUUCCAGUAGAUCUCGAGGUUCCAAAAGAAAAGAAAAAAAAAAAAACAGCGAACAGAGCUACGAUCUUCCAAAAGGUUCCUUUUGUUAUUAUCGAUAGAAAAUGGCAGCAAUGGCUGGUACCAGUCUUCAAAUGGCCGCCUCAGGUUCCCGCAUCACUUGUGCUCGGAGGAAAGUCACAUCUACUGCUCAAGCUAAGCCCGGAAGCUCGUCCCGUGUCUCCUCUGUUCAAAAUCAUCGAACGAGCUUUGCGCCUGCUUCCGUGAAAUUAAACAAUGUUGUCACGAGGGCAAUGGCCAGUGAGAGUGAGAAAACUGGUCCCUCAGGAUUGACAAUUGAUUUGCGAGGUAAAAGGGCAUUCAUUGCUGGAGUGGCUGAUGACAAUGGCUAUGGUUGGGCCAUUGCUAAGGCUCUUGCUGCUGCAGGUGCUGAGAUUCUUGUUGGUACUUGGGUGCCAGCAUUGAAGAUAUUUGAGACUAGUCUCAGACGUGGAAAAUUCGACGAGUCACGUCUGUUACCAGAUGGUUCUCUUAUGGAGAUCACCAAAGUUUACCCUUUAGAUGCAGUGUAUGAUACUCCUGAAGAUGUUCCUGAAGAUGUUAAAACAAAUAAAAGAUAUGCAAGUUCCUCAAAUUGGACUGUGAAGGAAGUUGCAGAAUCUGUCAAGAAUGAUUUUGGAACUAUUGACAUUCUUGUGCAUUCACUUGCAAAUGGACCAGAGGUUACAAAACAUCUCCUGGAAACUUCAAGAAAGGGAUACCUUGCUGCCAUAUCUGCGUCAAGUUACUCUUUUGUAUCUCUCCUGCAAAAUUUUCUUCCUAUCAUGAAUCCAGGGGGUGCAUCCAUCUCCUUGACAUAUAUUGCUUCUGAAAGGACCAUUCCUGGGUAUGGUGGAGGCAUGAGCUCCGCCAAAGCAGCAUUGGAGAGUGAUACCAGAGUCCUAGCUUUUGAAGCUGGAAGGGUACGCAAAAUUAGGGUUAAUACGAUUUCUGCAGGUCCACUCGGGAGUAGAGCAGCAAAAGCCAUUGGAUUCAUCGAGAAGAUGAUAAAUUACUCUUACACCAAUGCACCGUUGCAGAAAGAACUGUCAGCAGAUGAAGUUGGGAACGCUGCAGCAUUCUUGGUGUCACCAUUGGCUUCAGCAGUAACUGGCUCUGUAGUGUACGUGGACAAUGGGUUAAACACAAUGGGUCUUGCUUGCGAUAGCCCUUCACUUUCCAUAUAAGAUCGGCAAUGGAGCUCCAAUUAAAGAACCUACUUGUGUUUCUCUCAUUUUCGAUUUCCAUUUUAACGGGGUUUUUCUUCAUUAAUAACGAGUUUGAGACUUUGCAAAAUUUAGAUUGGUGACAAUGGAGGAGACAGGUUCUUUGUUGAAUUUUGGCAGGAACGCAUGAAGUUUGUUAUAAAUUUGUAGUGAACUUUCCUCUUGGUUAAUGCUUACUGUUGUAUCGUUAUUCAGAAUUGUAGUUACUAUGCACUUCAUGGUCGCAGUUAUAGUUUUGUUCUAA